CAGCCUUAGCAUCUUGAGAAGGUGCAGAGAUUCAACCCGGCUUACGCAGUCUCGACGAACGUUCAGUAUGAUCCUGCUAGAGAGUCACAACACCAUCAUCAAGAACGUCUUGACAGAACGUUUCGUCAAGCCUUCAAAGAUCGACGUCCAGUUCGUCGACUAUGACAAUGUCAGAUUCCACCUGUCCACCCCAACCAGCAAGACGGUUCUCGUCCUGUCGAUGGGAAUCCACUGCUGGUCCGACCUGAAGAAGUACGGUGCUCCAGAGAUCCUUGAGCGGGAGUUCGGCGAAUGGGUAUCGAACGACCCGAACCUGAAGGAGCAGGAUUACGAUGUAACUCUGGUUCUCGACCUGGAAAAGAUCCCGGAGGAAGGAGACGACCGCGACGCCCUGAUCGACCACUUCUCUAUGCUCAAGCCCAUCAUCCUCUCAGCACCCUUCCAUCGAGCCUAUAACGAGCACAGCCAGCUCGCUUCGAAGCACAAGUCGACUUUCCAGCCCGGUAUGGCUGAUCAAGCACCGGAAGAACGUGGAGAAUUGAUGAUCAUUCACUAUCGAGAGGAGGAGGCGAUUUACGUGCAAGCAGCCAAUGAUAGGGUGACCAUCGUCAUCUCCACAUUGUUUACGGACGAGACGGACAGGGUAUUUGGAAAGGUGUUCUUGCAGGAAUUCGUGGAUGCUCGUCGACGUUCUUCGGCGAUCGGCACUGCCCCUCAGGUCAUGUACACGACCCGCGAUCCUCCCCUCGAGGUUCGAAAUGCACCUGGAAUCGCCGGAGUAAAGCGGUCAGAGGACGUCGGCUGGAUUACUUUUGUCCUAUUCCCUCGGCAUUUCGCGACCCCUGAAAUUGCUUCUGAUACUACGUUCAAGCUCGAGCUUUUCCGGGACUACCUUCAUUAUCACAUUAAAGCUAGCAAGACCUAUAUGCAUUCCCGAAUGAGAGCAAGGGUAGCCAGCUUCCAGCAGAUCCUCAACAGAGCCAAGCCGGAGGUCAUUCAGGAUGAAAGGAAGACAGCGACUGGUCGUACUUUCCGAAGUCGUUGAUUCUGCUAAAUCGUGAGGUCCGGAGUUCCGUUUACUAUAUUCAGUGUUGCAGUAUAUGAUUGUAUGACGGUUUUCACGCUUAUUGAAAGGCCCAUUGAUGCUUUCCGUAGCCGUAAAGUUUUGGAUAUCAGAAAUGACUUUUGAGGAUGCCGGUGUGGUCAAAAGCAAUCCAUCACGUUCGAUUGAUGGUCACAAGCCCGAGUGAAGCGAACUGCAUCGGG